CUUUGUCUCAGGGAGGCAGUAGUAGUUGAGACCCACAGAGGAAUGUGUUGUACAUCGUAGUAGAUCUCCAGUUGAUGAUUUCUGCUGCUAUCAGGGUGACAUGGACGAGGGAAGUGUGAGGAAGAGGAAGGACAUGUUUAAUGGAGGCCCCGCCCCCGACCCAACCUCCAAUAUGUCUGCCUCCCACUCCAAGCCUGCUGAGGAAGACGUGAAGGCUACCGUGCUACAGAAGGAUGUGGGCCUUUUGAGUGGGAUCUGUCUGAUCGUAGGAACCAUGAUCGGCUCCGGCAUCUUCAUCUCCCCUAAGGCAGUGCUGCUGGAAACGGGAGCUGUAGGACCUUGUCUGUGUGUCUGGGCCGCCUGCGGGGUGCUAGCUACACUGGGGGCGCUGUGCUACGCGGAGCUGGGCACCAUGAUCACUAAGUCUGGAGGGGAAUAUGUGUACUUGAUGGAGGCCUAUGGGUCAGUGAUGGCCUACCUCUACUCAUGGAGCACCAUCAUGGUCCUAAAGCCCUCCGCCUUCGCCAUCAUCGCCCUGAGCUUCGCAGAGUAUGCCUCCACGCCGUUCUACCCAGGAUGCACUCCUCCCAUUGUGGUCACCAAGUGCCUGGCUGCAGCGUGCAUAUUUAUGAUCGUGUUGGUGAACUGUCUCAGUGUGAAGCUAGCCAACUAUGUCCAGAACUUCUUCACUGCAGCCAAGCUUCUCAUCAUCCUGGUCAUCAUAGUGGCGGGCAUCGUCCUCUUGGCACAAGGAAACACUGAGAAUCUGUCCAACCCAUUUGAAGGAGCCUCAACCUCCUUUGGAUCCAUUGGACUGGCGUUUUACAACGGGCUCUGGGCCUACGAUGGGUGGAAUCAGCUGAACUUUAUAACAGAGGAGCUGGAAAACCCAUAUAGAAACCUUCCCCUGGCCAUUAUCAUUGGUAUUCCCUUGGUGUCUGUGUGCUAUGUGCUGGUCAACAUUGCCUACUUCAGCGCCAUGACCGCUACGGAACUGCUGCAGUCUCCCGCUGUUGCUGUGACUUUUGGUGACAGAGUGCUGUACCCCCUGUCGUGGGUAGUCCCUGUGUUUGUCGUCUUCUCCACCUUCGGAGCGGCCAAUGGGAGCUGCUUCACAGCCGGCAGGUUGACCUAUGCGGCAGGAAGAGAGGGUCACAUGGUAAAGAUCUUGUCCUAUAUCAGUCUGAAGCGUUACACUCCUUCCCCUGCCCUCAUCUUCAAUGGUAUUCUGGCCGUAUUCUACAUUAUCCCAGCAGACAUCAACACCCUGAUCAACUACUUCAGUUUCACCCAGUGGUCUUUCUACGGCCUCACAGCUCUCGCUCUCAUCGUCAUGCGCUUCACCAGGAAGGAACUCAAGAGGCCCGUCAAGUGUCCCAUUCCCAUAGCAGUGCUGGUGAUGAUAGUGUCCUGCUACCUGGUCCUAGCACCGAUCAUAGACAAGCCAGAGCUGGAGUAUCUGUACUGUACCAUCUUCAUCCUCAGCGGUCUGCUGCUCUACUUCCCCUUCGUUCACCGCAGGUUCAGCUGGACACGCAGGGUCAUGAGGCCAAUCACCAUGCACCUCCAGCUGCUGAUGGAGGUCGUUCCUCCUGAGAAAAACGAAUAGAGGAAGAUAAUAAACAGCCUAAACUGACUGAUGUGGACAAAUGUAUUUUCGUGCAUCCCAAAUGUUACCCUUUUCCCUAUGUGGUGCACUACCCCAUAGACCUAGUCAAAAGUAGUGCACUACUUAGGGAAUAGGGUGCCAAUUGAGACACAGGCUUAGAAAUUAAGGUACUGUCCUGUCUCAUAAUGAAUGUUCUGUACUGUCUCAUAAUGAAUGUUCUGUACUGUCUCAUAAUGAAUGUUCUGUACUGUCUCAUAAUGAAUGUUCUCUACUGUCUCAUAAUGAAUGUUCUGUACUGUCUCAUAAUGAAUGUUCUGUACUGUCUCAUAAUGAAGGUUCUGUACUGUCUCAUAAUGAAUGUUCUGUACUGUCUCAUAAUGAAGGUUCUGUACUGUCUCAUAAUGAAUGUUCUGUACUGUGUCAUAAUGAAUGUUCUGUACUGUCUCAUAAUGAAUGUUCUGUACUGUCUCAUAAUGAAUGUUCUGUACUGUCUCAUAAUGAAUGUUCUGUACUGUCUCAUAAUGAAUGUUCUGUACUGUCUCAUAAUGAAUGUUCUGUACUGUCUCAUAAUGAAGGUUCUGUACUGUCUCAUAAUGAAUGUUCUGUACUGUCUCAUAAUGAAGGUUCUGUACUGUCUCAUAAUGAAUGUUCUGUACUGUGUCAUAAUGAAUGUUCUGUACUGUCUCAUAAUGAAUGUUCUGUACUGUCUCAUAAUGAAGGUUCUGUACUGUCUCAUAAUGAAUGUUCUGUACUGUCUCAUAAUGAAGGUACUCUACUGUCUCAUAAUUAACUAAUUGACUAGAUAUAUGAGGUCAAUGGUUGCAUCUCAACUCACACCCUAUGCCCUAGGGAACAGGGCGCCAUCUCAAAUCACACCCUAUACCCUAGGGAACGGGGCGCCAUCUCAAAUCACACCCUAUGCCCUAGGGAACAGGGCGCCAUCUCAAAUCACACCCUAUACCCUAGGGAACGGGGCGCCAUCUCAAAUCACACCCUAUGCCCUAGGGAACGGGGCGCCAUUUGAAAUCACACCCUAUACCCUAGGGAACAGGGCGCCAUCUCAAAUCACACCCUAUACCCUAGGGAACGGGGCGCCAUCUCAACUCACACCCUAUGCCCUAGGGAACGGGGCGCCAUCUCAAAUCACACCCUAUACCCUAGGGAACGGGGCGCCAUUUGAAAUCACACCCUAUACCCUAGGGAACGGGGCGCCAUUGGGCUGUGUCUCAAAUCACACCCUAUGCCCUAGGGAACGGGGCGCCAUUUGAAAUCACACCCUAUACCCUAGGGAACAGGGCGCCAUCUCAAAUCACACCCUAUACCCUAGGGAACAGGGCGCCAUCUCAAAUCACACCCUAUACCCUAGGGAACAGGGCGCCAUCUCAAAUCACACCCUAUACCCUAGGGAACGGGGCGCCAUUUGAAAUCACACCCUAUGCCCUAGGGAACGGGGCACCAUUGGUCUGCUUCACCUUGUGGUUAGAGCGUUGGAAGUUCAAACCCCCCGAGCUGACAAGUUACAAAUCUGUCCCUGAACAGGCAGUUAACCCACUGUUCCUAGGCCGUCAUUGAAAAUAAGAAUUUGUUUUUAACUGACUUGCCUGGUUAAAUAAAGG